AUUAGGUGUUUGUAAAUUUUAACCGUAAAUUGUGGUUCCUUCCUUACAUAGUACCAAAGCAUUUAUAUUGUAAUCAAUUAGCAUUUGCAAACUUUGAGACUAUCCCAAAAAAUCAAUAAAAUAAGAAGUUGAGCUCAAAACCCUCCAUAAUCCAUAGUCCAUACAUAUGGAGCCACCAAAUUCAGAGCAACACUCCCACCACCAUUCUCUAAGCAUCACUUCACCAUCAUGCCUCACAAAAAUCAUGGAAAAUCAAGAGAAGAUGACUCUGGUUUUGGAUCUAAGCCUGUCAAGCAAAGAUGCUGAGCCAAAUCGAGUGUUCUCAUGCAACUACUGCACCAGGAAGUUCUACAGCUCCCAGGCCCUCGGCGGCCACCAGAACGCCCACAAACGAGAGCGGCGCCUCGGCCACCACUCUCCUCUCCCUCUGCAUAGGUCUCUUGCGAUGCAGGUUCACAGCUCCAUCAUCCAUAAGCCUACUUCUUCUAGCGUUCAUGUGGGCCCACCGUUUAGGUACAAAUUUGGCGGGUUCCCGGUGUUUGGGAGGAGGCCUCCUCUCCAUCCGCAGCCGGCUGUAGGGCGGCUGCCGGUGGAAGGAGUGAAAUGGGAUGCUGGUGCUAAUUUGCAGUUGAAGACUGAAGAGUUUAAAAUCUUGGAUUUGUCUCUCAAACUCUAAUUAGUUUCAGUUUCCAAUAACAAUGUAAGAUCUUCAAUUCUCUUAUUUCCAUUGCUCAAUUUUAUGAGACCAAUUUGAAUUUCUCCCUCA